UGAGCGCGUACGAGGAUCGGAGGAACUACGUAACGUUUGUUUUCGUGAUUGAUCUGCUGCCUUGUUGAAGUCAUCUACAACAUUUCUGGGGAGCAUCUGGUAACUUCUGGCAACAUCAGUGGGACAAAAUUCUUAACACAUUUGGGGAUGACCCUUACAACCUCAUGGUGUAUGGCUCCACUAUUGUAUCCUACUUUGUAUAUUGGACAAUUGGUUCCAUUUAUACAUUAAUGGAUAUCUUCAAUAAACCAUCCUUCUUAAGGCGUUACAAGAUCCAGCCUGGCACCAAUGAACCUGUUGAAAAUGGAAAGCUCAUUAAAUGCAUUCUGUGGGUGAACUUCAAUCAAAUUGUUGUUGGACUUGCAUUUAGUAUGGCCUGUUACUAUCUGCUGUGUUUGAGAGGGUAUGACCAGUCACCUCAGCUUCCUACUUUUCAUUGGGUGCUGUUUGAAUUGAUUAUAUGCAUACUUUUGGAGGAAAUUGGCUUCUACUACUCUCACAGACUCUUCCAUCACCGUCUAUUGUAUAAACAUUUCCACAAGAUGCACCACGAAUGGCAGAGCCCUAUUGCCAUCACAGCCAUCUAUGCUCAUCCUCUGGAACACAUUAUGUCAAACCUGAUGCCAGUACUGGGCGGACCACUUUUACUUGGCAGCCAUGUGGCAACAGUGUGGCUUUGGGCCAGUUUGGCACUUCUAAGCACAUUAAAUGCUCAUAGUGGAUAUCAUCUUCCUUUCUUCCCAUCACCUGAAGCUCAUGAUUUCCACCACCUUAAAUUUAACCAGUGUUAUGGUGUUCUUGGUGUCUUGGAUCUCCUUCAUGGAACUGAUGAUAAAUUCCGUGCCUCAAAGUGUUUUUCAAGGCAUCUGAUGAUGUUGUCAUUAGUACCACCCCGUGAGGCUUAUCCUGAUGAUGUACUUGUUGGAAAAGAAAUCAAAGGAAAACAGUGCUAAAUGUCAUGCCAUUUUAUUCAUAUUUAUGGAAGAUGUAGGUAUUUUUGUACAGCCCAGUAUGUGGAUGGUUGAGUUUUGUGGGAAUUUAAUUUGCUUCAUGUAAUACAUUUCAAUUAUUUCACAAGAAAAAUAGCAAAGAAUUUGGAGAAAGUUUAUCCUGCAGACUUCGUCCCAGCUUCCAUUAAAUUUAAGAAAAUGCAGUAAGUUUGUCAUGUGGCUCUCAAGUAAUUUAAUAUAAUAUUGCUUCCAUAAUUUUUUUAGGAAUUGCUGCUCAGUGGGAAUGUUUAUGUGGAAUAGUUUAUGAGUUGAGCUGAUGUGCUUUCCUUUUGCUUACUGAAUAUUUGAAAAUUAAAGCUAGAUUUUAAAAAUUUUAAAUUAUUGGAUUUUAGAGUGAAUUAUUUCUAGCAUGCAAUGUAGACUACAUCAUGCUCCUGUUAUUGGAUUUUAGUGAAUUAUUUUAAUGUACUGUAGUUAAUUUCCCAUUUGUACUUGAUGCAGUCAAUGGUUGACACAAUGUUCACUUGCAGUCAUAUAAACUUAUUGAAAAUAAUUCAUUUGAAAUUGGGUAGCAACAGUAUCAAAGUUAACCUUACUCAUUACUGUAUAAUUAUGUACCUACAUUCCAUUGAUAUUUCCUCUUUGAUUUAUUAGUAAGUAAACCUUUUUAAUGUACGUCAUUAUACUCGGAAGCAUAUACGUAAAUUGAUGGGAAGUGUCUUCCUUAAUAAUUUCUUAACCUUGUGGGAAGUCUUAACUUUUGGAGAGAUAUGUGAACUUUUGGAGAGAUAUGUGAAGCAAAGUUGGAAUUACCUCUUCUUGCCAGACCAGAGAUUUAACAUUUCUUUAUGGAGUCAGUUGGUGAAGUUAAUGGUUUAUUUGGUCUGUUUUUGCACGAGACCACCAAUAAAAUGGCAGGUGCCAUUGCACUUGAGCUUCUGUGAUCAUCUGUUAGGUCAAAUGUCAGUGCAGAGAAUCUUGCAACCGACUUUAGGAGCCUGGUGUGAACAGCAUUGAAUGGAGUAAGUCUUGAGAAGAGAGAGAGAGAGAGAGAGAGAGAGAGAGAGAGAGAGAGAGAGAGAGAGAGAGAGAGAGAGAGAGAGAGAGAGAGAGAAGUGAAUGAUUUGAGGAUUGAACUGUACGAAAUUGGAGACUGGUGAAUGGACAAAAGAAAUUGAAUGAAAAGAAAGCCAAAAUGGAAUACUUGUAUCUUGUAGAAAGAAAGGUUAGUGCAUAGUUUGAGACAAAGUAACAGUUUGCAGCAAACGUAAUGCUGCAAUGACCCUUUAGUAAUCUCCUUAAGUGUUCUAAUAAAGGCACAUUGUGGCAAUGUUCCCUUGCUGUUACAUACCUGUUAAAAGAUGAAUGGCAAGUUUUUGUUGCUCUGAAAUGGUAAGCAGUGUGAAAAUUGUGUUUAAUAAUAAAAUGGUUUUUCUUAAUUUCUAAUUAUGAAUAAUCAGAAUUUAAAAUUACUAAUUGCAAAGGUUCAAUUUUUUUUUUUUAUACUAAACUAACUGUACUUAUAGAUAAUAAAACCAGGAGUGUUUUUACUUAAAUGUUAGGCAAUUACCAUUGCCUAAAAUAAAACCAGGAGUGUUUUACUUGAAUGUAGGCAAGUACCAUAGCUCUAACAAGUAUUGUGUUAGAUAGGAUAAAAACAGGUUUGUUUAUAUAAAAAGAUGAGCUCUCAAUGCACAAAACUCUUAAGUGAGGAGCUAUGAAGUUUGCAAGGGCACUGAUGCAAGCUUUAAAGAUGAGCACCUGUAACCAGGUUGUUGAUCAAUUAAGGGGGAGAAACUUUAUUGUAGUGAGCAUUGGCUCGAUGAUGUGUAGAAUGUGAAGUCUUUUAAAAGUACAGUGUGUUAGGAGGGGUAGUAUUUUUUAAUAAUAUUCUGGUAAGUAUAGAGAAUGUGAUAGAACUCGGUAGUACACGCUAAUAUAUAGUGCUGGAGAACUUACAUUUUCCAGUAUUUUUUAAUAUUGUUCUGGUGGGUACAGAGAAUGAGUGAUAGAACUCGGUACAUGCAAAUAUAUGUAGAGCUGGAGAACACUGGCAUCUUUGUAAAUUACGGCACAGACUUUUUCUUCCUUUUUUUUUUAAGACAUUUCUUUUUCAUACUUUCAUUUGACAGUUGAGUGGUAACAUGAUCAUUGACCAUUGUCAUCCUUGUUUUAUUCUUAUUCUGGAUUUCAAGUACUCAGGCUUUUUAAAUUUUUAUAUAGAAAGCUGAAAUUGACAAAAAAAUAUGAAAAUAUAACCGCUGACGUAUAUUAAAUUGAGAGAUAUUUUGUAUUUACAUUUUUUAAACUUGAAGGCAACAUUUUUUCAUUUAUAAAAAGUCUGGUAAAGGUAAUAGAAAUUUGUAUGAUUUUACCCAAUAUUCAUUAUAAUGAGGUUAAAAUUGUAUGCUGCCUAACAAAACAUUGUGAUUUCCUGUUCUUUAAUCAAUUUGAUUGAUUAGUAACUGCCAUUAACAUUGAGGUAAUUUUAUUACAAUAUGUUUAUGGUAUACUACAGGUGACUUCCAGGCAUUUGUAAAUGCUACACUGUUAAGUGACUUCCAAAUAUUCUUGGGUUGUCUCCAGGGUCCCCAAAAUGCAAAAACGGGACUCCUAAUAUAACCACUCCCUGUCCCUCGACACUUUCUGUACAGCAAUUUUUCUAAGCCAUUUAUGAUCUUUUUAAGUUGUAAUGGUUACUUUUCAUAUCUUAAAUACAGGUUCAUAAUACCUUAACAAAAACCUUUGGGGCCAGCUUUUUUGGUUUUUGGAACAAGAGCGUGCUCCUUAAAAAUGCCAGCACAGUAUAUUUGUAACAAAAGCAUUUUGUAAAACUCAAUAAAUUAUAGCAUCAAAGGAAUCGUAAUCCACAUUCAUACUCACAUGACCCUCAAGAUUUAGUCAAAACUUGAUUUCAUCACAUACAAGCAUCAUAAUGUGUGAGUUGCAUUUUUGGUAUAUUACACCAGGCAUGUGUAACCUAUGAGUUUCAUAUCAGUAGAUUAUACUGGGUUAGGCUUCCUCAGUUUCACUAGUUGUCACUUCCAUAUUACCUCCAAGUUAGCUUCUGAAAAAGUAAUUGGGAGGCUUUAUCACUAUUUCUUACAUUUUACAACCACUUAGUAUUUUCAAGCAAAACACUGAUAUAAAUGACAGCUGAUUCGAGAACAGCUGUUUAGCUGAAAAAAAGGAAGUGCAGACUACAAAACAUUUUGAAACAUACAGAAUCACAACUAUUUCAUUUACAAUUAGCUGUUACUAGUAUAGAUAAAUUAAUUCACAUUUUUAAACCCAACUAUAUGUAAAUUUGCAGUACAAGAAAAAUUUAUCUUCAAAUUAUGUCAUCUAGCAAUUGAUGGCACAUUUUUAAACCCAACUUUGUUAAUUUACAUUACAGGUUACAGAAAAAAAAUUUUCUCCAAAUUGUUUCAUUUAGCAACUUAUGGUAAUUUAAAAAUUGAUAGUACAUACUCAAUUAACUGAGAUAUAUACAUUGGUAGUACAUAAUUAGCUAAGAAUGUAAAUAUUACGAGAAUGCAAAUGGAACAUGAUUGCAAUGUUUAUCAAUUCUGCAGUACAAAGGCAGAAUUCACAUAAUGCACAAACACCAUACACAGAUUUCUGUAAAAUAAAUACAUGUAGUACAGUGUAGUAUAUUAUAAUUUUGUUUCUUAACUAACACAUUAGAUCUACAGGACUGUUAUAUCGAAAGUGAACAAAUGAAGAAGUGUCCGUCUCUUAUUUUAGCCAAGAGUUGGUUAAUGAUAGAUACGUACACUAUCACAAUCCAAUGCACUCUCAGACAAGAUCAAGGAGUGCACAUUGUAAAGUUCUGAAUUUUAUUAUGCCCAUAUACACUAUUGCAUUUAUUUCAACGUAAUGUGUUAGAGUUCUGAAGGUUCGUUUUAUCCAUAAAGGAUCCCAUAAUACAAGUGUACCUUUUUACAGAGUUUUCUAAGAGAUUCACAAGUUUGCCCAGUGUGAAGUAUUUCUGAAUUCUGAGCAUAUGAAUUCCAUAUAUUAGGAGAAUAGACUUAUGCACAAUUUAAAAUACCAUUCUUACCUGAGCGAAAUGCUAUAUGAUGACACUCGGUAAUGCUAAAUUCACACUAUGGAAGAGCUUUUAAAUUAGCAGUUGGCAGAAAGUUGCCAAAAAGCAGUUUUAAUCCAGACUGGACUAAAGGAUACUACAAAAUUAGACGUUUCCUGUAUAAGAAAAAAUAAAUCUCCGAAUUGUUUCAUAUAGCAACUAAUGGCAGUGUGAAUGUUGGUAAAACUACAUCAACCGAGAAUGUAAACGGUACAAGUAAUAUGAUAGUAACUAGUCAAGUACAUUGUAACAGGAUACACCAAACAAAACUUUCAGUACUUUAUCAUGAUUUUAAAAUAUAUACUACUCUGUCUUGUUAAAACUUCCCUCAACAAAAAAUGACAUUUUUUAUUUUUCAUUCAUUUUUAUUUUUCAUUGCUAACAAACCUGCAGUCUUAACAUUUGAAUAAAACUUCUGGCACCACCUGCAUACCAGUGACCCAGCUUCUACCUUGUGAUGUAUUGGUUAUUCCAGCCCAAGGUUAAUUGAAAGAGGGUUAGCUAGAGGUAGGCGGUAGUUGUUAAGGCCGCACAUUUGUUAGCUAUGGAAUACAAAAAUUUACUGAAAAUUGAUCACUUGUUCAUAUGCAGACAAAUGGUGGGAGGUAAGAGAAUCCUGGACCAACUGGAGGUUUGGCACACCUGGUAACACUUCUGGAUAAAAGAAUUCAAAUGAAGGAGACCUAAGCCUCUGUACUGUUAGAUAUGUAUGUAUCUAACAUUCAGACUACAGCAGAUUCCUUACAUAGGAAGUUAAAUAGUAGUUACAUAUAUCUGUUCAGAUAACAAACUAAGGUAGCCAUCUAUAAGGGUUUGUUGUCAUUCCUCUUGGCCCUUGCUAGAGAGAAGAAGGGUUUGCUACUGAAAGGUAUAUUCAUAUAGAAUACAAAAUACUCUCUAACAGUAAGGCUACUUCAUUCACGUGUAUUUGGACAGUUCCAGCUUAAGUGGAGGAGAAAGGACAAUAGGGAAAAAGAAAAGACCAUUUAUCUCAAUCAUUCUCACUUUCAUACCAUCAUCUUAAGCAAGAUACAGUCCUGCUAGGGGCACUGGAUAAGCUACACUUGUUGAGCAGCCACCACCGGACCUAAUGAAAAAGUGUCCAAGGACUUGUGGGCAAUGUCCCUCAGGUAGAAGGAGGUGAAAGUGGUUAGGCAAAGCCAAGCACCAGCUUUCAAAAUUCUCGAAUGCCAAGUAGGGACUGAGUCCUCUAAUAUCAUGUGUUCUUGCAUGCACUGUAUUGGCAGUAGAAGUUGAUGAUGUGGAGUAGGCAUGCUUUAACGAUUCAUGUAGCCAAAAUGAAAUGGUAUUCUUGGACACUUCUAUCUUGAUCCACCCCAUCCUAACAAAAAGUCUGAAGUGAGUCCUUUUUAGAUAACUACACAGUACUCUGACAGAACAGGGGAGUAAUUCAUCUGGAUCAUCAUCAACAAAAUCUCCAAGGGAAGGGAUGGAAAAGGAAGCAAAUCUGUCGUCAUGAUCCAAGGGGUUUUGAGUGUUGGCAACAAAUUUGAAGGCUAGAGACCCCCAAACCCUGGUAUGUUUUACAUCAAAAGCUCAAAGCUUUUGAACAGCACAGAGGUUUCCCAAGAUUAAGUAAGGUUAACAUCUUUCAGAUGAAGAACCAAUCCCAAGGCAGUCCCAUAGCCCUUAGCAGAAGCAGAAAGGUGUUUUUAUGUUCUGAGGAAGACGAGGAAAUUGUCUAUCUGCUGAGUAUUGGUUUCGAGUGGGGAGAAACCUCGUUGACGAUAUCAAUCACAGUAGAUGGCCCAUUUGCCCUGGUACACAGCUGAAGAUGACCUGAGGUAGCCAGACAUCUGAGUGGCUGCUCUGCAAGAAAAGCCUCUCAUUCGCAGAAGAUAGACUCCAGCUGUGAAGAGAGGGAUCCUACCAAUUAAUGGUAUAUCUCUACAUGAGAUUAUGCCAAGGGGGUAUUUCUCUUGGAACAGUCGAGAGCAGAAAUGGCAGAUCUGGGAACCACUCUGCCUGGGGCCACAAAGUAGAUAUCAAGGUCAUCUUGAGAUUAUGGGAAACCAUUACUUACUCUGUUCAGGACAUGACGCAUCAAGUAAAAGUUGGGGGGGGGGAAAGGUGUAGACAUCCAGGUUAUCCCAAGGAUGUUAAAGGGUGUCUUCUGCCACUGCAAAAAAAUCUGGAACCACUGAUCAAUAGACCUCUAGCUUCCUGUUAAACCUUGUUGCAGAGGGUAUAAUUGGUCUCCCCCUCCCAGAUGAAAAAGCCUGUCCGCUAUCUCCUGAUGCAGACCAUGCCAUCUGUAGAACUUGUCCCCACCGACUAGCUUGUCAGCCACUACACUCAUUUUGCCUGGAAUGUACCUGGCUGUGAGGUCCACAGAGUUGUUGAUGGCCCACUGAUGCAAGUGGGCUGUUAUCAAGUGAAGUUGGCAUGGCACUAGGGCCCCUCCCCCUUGUUUGUUCACAUAAGCUACCUCUGUAAUGUCUGGCAUCAGAAAAAUGCUACCUCUGUAAUGUUGUCUGGCAUCAGAAAAAUGGAGUGCCCCAUGCAAAUUGUUACAUAGUUUAAGGUGAGGAAAAUGUUCCCCUUCAGAAUAGUCUCAUACUUUACUUUAUUUCUUUUGCCUACUACAUAGAUACCCAGUAAUUUGCCUAUAGGUAAUUUUAAAAUGAGUACGUACAUAUUCACUAUUUUUGGGGUUGACAGUGUGUAGGAUUACCAUUGCCAACAUUUUCAAGUGGGCAGUUCAGUCAUUGGUCAUUACUCAAAGAGUCAUGCAAUUUUACUUUUCAUAAAUUAUCAUUAUGAAGACACUUCAGUUGAUUUUCUACCUGCGCAAUCAGCUUUUAUACAAAUGGUCUAUAUUCUAUUACUAUGUAGAACAGUGCAGAAUUGGGACCCUGGGGCUCUACGAUCAAGUAUUGUACAUAAGUUUCUUAAUGAAUUACUAAAAGAAAUAAGUUGGCAUAAUUUCUUAAGAUGCCAGAUAUAAAAGGACACUUCUUGGGGUAGUCAUUUGUUGCAGAUUCAACCUUGCCUUGUGCUGUCAUUGUUCACUUUUUAUGAUUUCAGUGUUAUAUUCUGUGUUGGCAAGGUGACCUUUCUUGUACAUGUAUCUAAGCUCUUUUCUUCUUUUGCAACAUUAUCUUAACAAUAAAUAAUCAUAAAGCCACAAUUCUGAAAGGUUUGUUUUCUUCAGGGAUUUUCUUAGGGCAUGUCAUUAGUACUGCAACAUAAUAAAAAUAUAUACACUACUGUAACUUAGAAAUUAGUAGGUUGCUUUUGGUGUCUUGAACUUUGCAUACAUGAUUGAAUAAAGAUAUGUACAGGGAAAGAAUAUCUGGUUGUAUGAUUUAAUGUUUCUGGAUAACUUGACUGUUGUUCUUAGAAUUUAUUCUACUUGUAACUUCAUGACUGUCUUUCUGACUUCAUGUUUUGGAGUUUCCAUGUCUCAAAAUCACGUUGCCUUUAUCACCUCUCACCUUUUAGCAUCGUUCAUCACUCUGUAAUUAGGAUCUAUUUUAUAUCCACUUGUCACAGUUUUUAACACUUCAUAGCAGAAAAGUAUAUUAGCUUCAGAAAGUGUAUGCAAUUUCUAUUGUAGCCUAAGAAAAGAGUAUGGUUUCUUUUUAAACCCUAUAGAUUAUUCUCUGAACUUCCUUUUUCAUUUCAGGAUUAUACUUAAUUUAGGAUUUGAGAUAAGAAUGUUGUCGACUGAAUUUUAAGUCUAAUUGGCAUUUACUUUUGUAAACAAAUUGUAGUAAAUGAAUUUGUAUCAAAUGACAAAUGAAUUGUAACAAAACGGCAAGAUUCUAUAUUUUUUAAUUUGAAUUUAAUCUCAUUAAGAACCCAAACUGAUCCUUACAGGUCAGGAUAGUAGCCAACUUUGGCUCUGGAAUAUUAAAGAAUACAUGGCGCUGUACUUCAUGUAGUAUACAUACUACCUGCAUUUUACUGUGGCUUCUUAAGAAUUCCCUUUGUUAUCGAACAAAUAUAUGGUUAAUUUUGCUGACUUUGCUGUCAGUUGCUUCUGUGAUUGACAUUCCCAACCACUAAUUUAUAAAGUAGUAAAAGAGUAAGACAUUGCAGCACUGCAAUAGCAUUGCUUUUUUGUAUUGAUUUUAUUUAUGAUAAUAAAAUCUACAGAUGUU